AUGGCACAACAAGUGGAACUGCGAGAUGAAUAUGGGAACCCAGUGGAACUCACAGAUGCAUAUGGAAACCCUGUUUGGUUGACAGAUGAGAGAGGGAACCCAGUGCACCUCACAGGUGUGGCAACCAUUGCUAAUCACACUCUCCAAACCCCUCAAGAUAUUCCUCUUCACUCCCACACUUCUUCAACCUCAAUUUCUUCUGAGGAUAAAGGGCAUGUAAGGAGGAAGAAGAAGAAGAAGGAUAAAACAAAAGAGAAGUCUCCAAGAGAAAAAGAAGAAGGAGAGGAGAAGGAACAUUCACAUACCAAAACAUCACCAAAAGAGAAAUCUCCAAGAGAAAAAGGAGAAGGAGAAGAGGAAAAGGAGCAUUCACUCACCAAAUCUUGUACAGUUAGUGGUGGCAGUAAUGAUAACUCCCACCCAACAACAACCACAACCUCCACCACCACCACAAUCACUAAGCCUCCUGAGAGAAAGGGCAUAAUAGAGAUGAUCAAAGAACGAUUGCCAGCAUUCAGAAUGAGAGCAUGCUCCAAAAUUCAGAGCAAUAAUCCAAGGUGGCUUGAAGGAAGAGAAUGGUGUGUUUGA